AUUAUGUGAAUAGUGCAAAAAGUCAAAACGGUGCGAGUAUUAAGGGACAGAGGGAGUAUAUAAUUAUGAUCCAUAAACCCAUCUAAAGCAACCAAAAAAAAAACAUUAUAACGUAUGGAGUUGAAAUCCACCAUCAACUACACAUGGAAACUCUGCAUAAUCGCGAGUUUAUUUGGUUGCAUAAUCCUUAUCCUUUAUCUCAAUGAAAAUGUCCAAAAUCUAACCAGAAGCACUGUGCUCGAAUUUAGUCAAUUCACCACCAUUUCCAACCCUUCCAAUCAACCAUCUUCCAUAGCUAGCCUGAUCAUACAACAAAAGUCAACAACAAACAAGAUUACUACAAAGAAGUGUAACAUGUUUGAUGGGAGAUGGGUUUACAAACCAGAUCAGAAGCCUUAUUAUGAUACAAAUACGUGUCCGUUCAUUGAAGAAAAGAUGAACUGCCAAGCCAAUGGAAGGCUGGAUUUCGAGUAUGACAAGUGGAGAUGGGAACCUAAACAUUGUGAUAUACCAUUAUUUAAUGGAAGAGAUAUGCUUGAAAGGCUUAGAAACAAGAGGAUGAUAAUGGUUGGAGACUCGCUAAAUAGAAAUAUGUGGGAGUCUCUAUCUUGCCUUUUGUAUACCUCUGUUCCUUCCUCAAGAGUUGAUGUCCAUGCUAGCGGUUCCGAUUAUAAGGUGUUGAAAGCUAAGGACUACAAUGCUACAAUAGAAUUUUAUUGGAGCCCAUUUUUGAUCGAAUUCGAUAAAACCCACAAAAGUGGGAAAAAGGUACUUGUGUUGGACAAGGUUUCACCCAACUCCAAGCAAUGGGAAGGAGCUGAUGUUAUGGUAUUUAACUCAGGGCAUUGGUGGACUCACACUCGAAAAUUGAAAGCGUGGGAUAUAUUUGAAUACAAAGGAAAACUAUCGGAAAAGAUGUCGAUAGACCUAUCCUACAACCGGGCCAUGAAAACAUGGGCAAAAUGGGUCGAACAGAAUGUAGAUCCAAAGAAAACAAAUGUGAUAUUUAGGAGCAUUUCACCACAACACACCGGAGAACCAUGGUGCUACAACUUCACCCAACCUUUCAUGGACGAUUCCUUUGAAAACGCUUACCCUAAAUCAUUGAUCAAUAUCAUCGAGAGUUUAAUCGAUGGAAUUAGCAAAGUACAAGUAAAGUACUUGAACAUAACCAAGCUUACGGAGUAUAGAAUUGAUGCACAUUCAUCAGUGUAUUGGAGCAACACCAUAUGGAAGGCGGUUGCCUCCAAAAAUAAGGAAUUUCUUUCAUCUUAUGCUGAUUGUAUACACUGGUGCCUUCCCGGUUUGCCUGAUACCUGGAAUCAAUUAUUAUACGCCUCUCUAUUUUUUUGAUACUUAGAAAAUACUCUAGUGUACUGUCGGACAACUUUUUUAUGUAGUUCACCAUUGAUUUUGUAUUCCCAAUUCUGUACAUUUAGAAGCGCAUAAAUCAAGGAUUUGAGAUGUUUUGUGCAUGUUAGGCCCCUGUUUAGUUCACUUUAUUUCAGGACCUUGUU